AUGGUCCGACACAAAAAAGACAACUUCUCACGUGGAGGGAAAAAGUUCACCAACCCCCGCCCACACCCUGUACCCCGCGGCGCCGAAGCCGCUGCCUCCAAACCUCCCUUCAAGGCCGCCUGCUGGGAUCUGGGCCACUGUGACCCCAAACGAUGCUCGGGGAAGCGAUUAAUGCAGUUUGGAUUGAUGCGAGAGCUGUCCAUUGGGCAACGAUUUCCCGGGGUGAUUGUCUCUCCAAAUGCCAAAAAAAUCCUGUCUCCUGCCGACCGCGAACUAUUAGAACAAUUCGGAGCAGCCGUGGUGGAAUGUUCCUGGGUGAGGGUGAAAGAAGUGCCCUGGUCACGGAUCGGAGGAAAAUGCGAAAGACUCUCGAACACAGUCAAUUACGGAAAACCCUGGCGACUGAACUGCGUGGAAGCAAUCGCGGCCUGUUUCUGUAUCUGUGGCCACGAAGACUGGGCUCGUGAAGCGCUUAAGCACUUUCCCUACGGCGAAGCAUUUCUUGAAAUCAACUCGCAGCUCCUGAAGCGGUACGCCGCCUGCGAGAAUGAGGAAGACGUGAAACGGACGGAGGAGGAGUGGCUGGCUAAGAUCGAGAAGGAAUAUGAAGAUAGUCGCGCCGAAGAGGGCGCAGAUGAUAUCUGGACCGUAGGGAAUACUAAUCGGAGAGCAGAGGAUUCUGAUUCAGAUGAGGCGAAAGACGGCGACGAAGACGAAGAUGACGAUAGGAGCGAUAAGAACGAAGACGAAGAGGGGGAAGAGGAAGAGGAGGAAAAAGACCCGUUUGCCAUCUCGGACGACUCAGAAGACGAAGAGCAAAUGGCCGAAAUCCGUCGCAAAAUCCUCAGUUCCAAAUCCUUCCAAAAUCCCUCUAUUCCCGACAAGCCGCAGCCGGAGAAAAUUGCACAUCCGGAUCCCAGGCCGAUGGAGGAUUCGGAUGCCGAGUCCGGGUCUGCAGGGGAGAGUGACGACGAGGCUUUUGACAAUAUCAUUAAUGCGACGCCCGUGACAGAUCGGACUGGAAUUAUCGCUGCGUCGCAGAAGAAGAAGCGGGAAACGUAUACUGCAUCGUUCUCCCGCACGACGAUUGAUGCUCCCAAGAGAUGGUAG